AUGACUCAGCCAAUGAUCGACUUGCGGACCACACCGUACGGGGGGCGUUCUAUCUUUGCUAUACAACCCAUUGCCCAAGGGAUCCACAUUUUAGCAUGUGAAACUCCUUUUGCGCAUGUGAUCUACAAAGACUAUCGCAGGGAGGUCUGUGCCCAGUGUUUCGCUUAUGCAGCAAGCGCUUCUCGAAAUAUCGGCGAUCCACGGACUUGGAGUAUCAGAAGUUGUAGGGCAGCUUCAGAGUCUGUCUGGUUCUGUACAGAUGAAUGCAAGAUCGCAUGGGAAAGUGGCAUGAUAGGCCCCUUGAUAGCAGAUACGAAUGCUCUUCUUGCGAAGGCACAGAUAGCCACUCGGAAAAAAGUCAAAGGCAGACGUCUUUGCCACGAUUCUCCUGACCCGAUAUUGCCAAAUGGUCCCACAGCCACUCUACAAAUCACGCAAGACCACAUCGACGAAGCAUGGACGCAUGCCGAGGAUCUGGCGUCCUCCCCUGCUCGUCUUUCUUCCUACUGCUCUGCAAUGGAUUUGGAAGACAUGGAACUUGAAACCUCGCGUUCAGUUGCCUCAGCUAUUGUUCAGCGAUAUGUAUUCGAUUGCCGUCUUGCCGAUCUCGCAUUUUCUUCGAAAAUCGCCACAUCAGAUCCGUGGACAGAAGUUCUUCGUCUCCAGAACAGCGAGCUAUCGAACGUCCGCCUGCGGCCUUACAUUCUCGUGGCACAUCUACGUGUAUACGCUUUUCUGUGUCAUUCGCUCCCACAACAUCUCAGACCGUAUGUUCCUACGAUACGAAAUCUCCUUGCGCGUGACACGGGGAAUGCUUUCGGCAUUUGGGAUGGAGACAGCAGAGAUGAAAUGCUCGGGUGGGGUGUUUGGGUGGGCGCAAGUUAUUUUAAUCACAGUUGUUGUCCAAAUGUCAAGAAGACUCGCGUCGGACGUACCAUGCAGUUCACAACCUCUCGCUCAGUCGAAACCGGGGAAGAGCUAUGCAUUAGCUACAUUGAUAUCAAUCAAACCAUUACGCAGCGCAGACAGGAACUAGAAGACAGCUGGUUCUUCACGUGUCAGUGUCAGCGUUGUCAAUCAGAAGAUGCUGAUGAGGCAUGCUUACAUUGAUGUGCUUGGAACUUCUCCCGUGUGUAAUUUCAUACAUAACUCGGCUUACACCCUUUGUAGGGCUGCUAGAGAUGAAUCCACCCCCACAUAAACAAAGCGUUAUUGGCCCACGUAUGAAGAUCCAAAUACGUUAAGAAGAAGCGGAGCUUCUUCAGUCGCAACGGCAUUGACUUUUAGCGAACUACGCACACGCACACACGCGGUACAACAUAUCAUCCUGUGUUCCGUGUCGUCGGAUGAUAUAUUGGUGUUUGGUC